AUGGACGACAAAAAGCCCGACAAUAUGGAAGCCCUUGAACCCGUGAAAAGCGUGGUCCAAGGCACUGUCGACAUACUAGCCAGCAAUGAGGUGGUUGUUGACCAGGCCAUCGAUGCCAUAGGGAUGGGUCGCUACCAGUGGGAACUGCUCUUCUCGUGCGGUUUUGGCUUCCUUGUCGACCAGAUGCUCUUAAUAUCAACCACAAUUAUUAUGCCAAACUCGGCAAAGGAAUUCGGUCCCAAGUAUCAAACCCUCCUCUCGGCUUCCUUAUACGCAGGCCUCUUCGUGGGCGCCGUUGCUUGUGGGCUUCUUGCAGAUAUAAUAGGCCGGAAGCUGGUAUGGCAGCUAUCAAUUUUUGGCGUCUCCAUCGUGACCCUGCUGGCGGCGUCGUCUCCGAACUGGGCAGCGUUGAAUGUCUGGACCUCGCUUUGCGGGUUGAUGGCAGGUGGCAACUUGGCCAUUGAUCUAACUGUACUUGCUGAGACUCUCCCCCAGAAGUGGGCAUUUCUUCUCACUGGCCUUGCAUGCGUCUGGGGCCUUGGGAGUGCCACCACCGCUCUUAUUUCAUGGCCUCUUGUCGUCACAUUCUGCUGCCCCAAUGGAACCGCCCCGGAGACGUGUGCCCGAGCUGAUAACAUGGGCUGGCGAUAUAUCGAUGUUGUUCUUGGCGGUUUAUGUUUGAUCAUGUCCAUUGUCCGGUCUUUUGUUCUCGGAAUGCACGAAUCCCCAAAGUGGCUCGUUAAUCAAGGUAGGGUUGACGAUGCCGUGAGGGCUCUGAACCUGAUUAGCUCCAAGAACAAAGCUGAGUAUACCGCGGAGCUUCAGCACUUCAGUAACAUUCCUCAGGACCAGACGCAGAAGCCUACAUGGCUUGAGGAAAUCGGUUCAAUUCGAGAGUUAUUCUAUGGGUGGAAGAACAUCCGCCUGAUGGGGACCAUGAUAUUACUCUGGGCGUUCGUCGGAAUAUGCUACCCCCUCUACAACGUAUUCCUGCCCUACUACCUCGAAGCCCACGGUGCCAAUUUAGGCGACGGCAGUAACUACCAAACAUAUCGAGAUCUCACCAUCUCCUCCGUAGCAGGAAUCCCCGGGCCACUGCUAAGCGCAUACUUCGUCCAGCUCCGAAAGGUCCGUCAUCAAGGAGCACUCUUCAUAACAGGAUGUAUCUGCGCUGUCUUCGCCGGGCUCUUCACGCAAGUGCGCACUGAACCCCAGAAUAUCGGGUUCUCGUGCAUGGUCAACUUCUGGCUUAAUGCAGUGUAUGCUGUUGUUUACGCGUAUACACCAGCGUGUCUAGCCACGAAACACCGCGGCGUCGGGUGUGGAUUGCUCAUGGCGUGCGGGCGAGUCGUUUCUAUCUCUGCGCCGUUCAUUGCGACCUUCGGGGACGUCACUUCUGGUGUCCCGCUUUGGGUUUCCUGUGCGAUGUAUGUGGGCAUGGCCUUCUUGGGGCUUGCCUUGCCGCGCAUUAACUAG